UUCGUCCGACACACUGGAGACUGUUUAUUGAAGUUAUAACUUAUUAGUAUACUGAACGCAAGCAGCGGUAGUUUAGACGAGUGUCGAGGCCAACACAGACCUCUCUAUAGUAUAAGUCAGUUGUUCGUCUCCGCUGCACUAGUGCCUGGCGGUAGACUGACCAUGGCUUCUAGGACGGCUGCAAUCAGUGGAGAGCGAAUGUCACUGUUAUCAGAUUCUGCAAACUGUCGCCAAUAACGGAACCAGGCGCGACAAGUAAUUCCUGCCAUCAUAUCAAGCUUGUCAUGCUAGUUGCAGCAGUCAUCUAUCAGCUACAGGUUCAGCGUCAGUUGCCCACCCACUGUCAAUUGACGUACGCCGCAGUGAGAUUCCCCGGGUAGAUAGGAAGGCGUUCGGUUUCAUUAUCGAGCCCCUGACAUAAUACUAUGCAAUGGAAGCGGUCGAACUCUCGCCGUCUCUGCACCACCGCGAAAGCUUCAGCAGUACUACCAGCAACAGCAGCAGCAGUGACAACCCCGGAAGACCAGUUGUCCUGCGCCAUGCCUUCCAGCGCUUGUCACUCCACGAAGCAGAUGUUGCUGCUGUUGAUGAUGUCACUAGGCGAAGACGGUCACUGUUCGCCAUGUUUCAAACCAAAGGUCAGACGGACGUAGCGCCGUCAAACGUAUCCGCAUCCACCGUUCAGCGUAGGUCUGCGGCGAGUCUCCAGCGAGGAAUACCGGCCACCUCGGCUUCCCAGCACCACCAGUAUAGUACAGACGCCGCUGGUACGUCUGUUGCUGUGGGCUCUGACCUAGUAUAUAAACCCAGGGCAGCCGGUGUGCGUAGAGCUCGCAGUUUCACGUCUACGCGGCAGUAUGUUGCCUCAGCACCUGCUGUAGACGCGAUAGCUAGAGGCGGCAGCAGCUCCAGAGCGUCGUCCAUUCGCAGCGCUCCACCGAUGACCCGAGCAGCAUCCGCUUUCACGACAUCCACAACCACAGCACCAGACGGUGGUCUGAGGAGAAGCAAGAGCUUCCUGAAACGCUUCAUGAAGAAACGUGUUACACCAAAACAUAACUUGGUCGGCAGUGUAGAGCUGAUUCUGCAGCUAAACCCCAGUCACGUCAAGACAGACGGUGAUGACAGGAUACCGAUUGUGAUGGAUGUCGUCAAGCUGCACAACCUCGAUCUCGCCAUGGCUGGCCUCGACCAGAAGGAUCUGGACGGGAGAGACCUGUACCUUGAAUGCAGCCCAAUGUACACCGAGGGCAGCGUACACAGUGCAAAACUGCUGCCCAUCGCCUGGCUGAAGUCCGACAUGAGACCGGCGGUUCUCAAGGGAGACGUUUCCAUAGAAACACAGCUGACACUGGUGCUGAGCAGUCGCCUGUUCCAUCAACUCACCACUUGGCAGGUGCGACUCUGUCUAGCCAAGUCGACAAGGAAAGCGGCUGCCAUGACGCCGGACAAGGAAAGCGGUCACGUGAUUGCCACUUGCUCUAUCGAUCUGCUCUACAUUCAGCGUGAUAUAGCUGUACAGGAUCGCUAUGACCUCUAUUAUAACAAGGAAUAGACGAAAACACACAUGCUAUUUCACGGAAUAGACGAACACACACACACACACGCACGCACACACACACACAUACAAAUAUACACACACGCACACACACACACACACAUACAUACACACACGCACACGCACACACACGCGCGCACACACACACACACACACACACACACUCUCUCUCUCUCUCUCUCUCUCUCUCUCUCUCUAAACUGGACUCUGAUCAUAGGCCCGGGAAUCGCCUUGUUCCUGGAAUUGUCGGACUGCGACUGCACCCGUUCCUCAUUGCAAAACACGCUUCCUGCUUUUUUGCUAACAUUACCUCAGGCUGUUGAAACAAGAACUUAAUUAGAACUUAACAGCGGAUGGUGAGCCAAUUAAAUUAUUGUGAAAACAUGUUGUCCUUCUUCUUUUCACAAUAAAUUAGAACUUCGCCAUAACUAUAAUCAGUACGAUUAUUCUGUAGGCUUGGAAGCAGAACACUACGAAGGUGCCGUAGUUCGCCAUCAGCUUUGUGCUAUCCCCUCAUCACCGUACAAGUAUUGUUAUUACAAGUACUAUAGUAAGAGGUACUGUGGCAGACAUCACUAAAACAUAAGCUA